GCACAGUGUACCAGUGACAGAGAGUGCAAACAGGCCCUCAUUCUCUCCUUCAUCUCCUCACAUCCAGCACCAUCCUGGACUCUUGUGGCAUGGGCUCUCUACAUGACUGAGGCGGACGUGGGUGACGGCAGUAGUCUCAGAGCAUUGGAUCACCUGCAGCAGCUGUUCCCCACUGGAAGAUUCCGCUCCAAGCAGAUCUAUAAGCAGGAGAUGAAACGAGGCCACAUUGAGCUGGACCUGGACAAAUUGCUGCUGUUUGGCAAUGCUGGCAGUGGCAAGACGUGCUCCCUCGCUGCACUACUCGGAGUGGACCCUCCCACCAUCCGACGCAGCACUCCUGUGAUGAAAAGACCCAUCGAGGUCAUGUUCGUGGACGUUGACGGCAAAAAACAGUGGAAGAAACGAAUAUUAGACCAACUGCGAGACGUCGUCGCUGAAGUAAUCAAGUCGCGAAUGCCACGGCAACAAUCAGUAGUACAGAGCAGUGGUGGCCCAGCCUCCCCAGACCAGCAGUCUCCCCACACCACAGCCAGCCAGUCAGCUCAGCCAACACCAGAGAAGACGAAUAAUUCAACGUCUAAAAACUUAAAACACAAGGUGAAGAAAGUUUGGGCCAGGAUACGGCAUGGAGCCAGAGAGCGAGAGAGUAGCUCCACGUCUGAAGCAGCCGGGAAGAGUACAGCAUCCUCGGAGGAGAAGCCCAGGACCAGAGAGCGGCAGGUGGCAGAAGGGAGGCUGGAUUCCCUGCUGCUUUCGAGUGCGGUGGACGAGGGGUUUGUACAUCUCAUCAACAGUGCUCCUACCUCCCUGGAGCCCAUCCUGCAACUGAAGCAGUUCCUCAUGCUGGACUCUGGCGGCCAGCCCGAGCUUCUGGAGAUGAUGCCCGUCUUCCUGAGAUGUGCAUCAAAAUUCGUCUACGUCUUGAAGCUCCACGAGUCUCUAGACGAGCGAGCGAUGAUCCGUUACUUCAAAGACGGCAAGCUAGUGUGGGAGUACCCAGCCUACCUGACCAAUGAAGGGACCCUGAGACUGUGCGUGCGGACCAUGAGAUCCCUGAACAACAAGAACCCCGACAUCCCUCCCGCCAAAAUGAUGUUUCUGGCCACCCACCGAGACAUGGUGGCAGACGAGCAGCUGCCCGGAGUGCUGGACACUCUGCACAAGAGGCUGAGGGAGAUCCUCUUGCCUCAGUUCAGGGAGCAGCUCAUCUACUGCGAUACGAAACGGGACGACUUUGUGUUCACACUGAAUGCGGCAAAGCCGGAGAAGGAGGACAGGGAGUGUGCGGAGAGAAUUCGGGAGUGUCUUAGUGAGGUGGGGGAGGGGGGAAGGGAGGUGAAAGUGCCGUUGCGAUGGUACGCUCUGUAUCUGAAGCUGCUGGAGGUGGCAAAUGAACUGGGGAAGAAGGUGCUGCCUCGAGAUAUGUGGCAGAAGGUGGCAGAGUCAAUGGAGAUCGAUGGCGAGUCGUGUGGGGAAGCCCUGAACUUCUUUGACGGUCUGAACAUGCUGUUCUACUUCCCCGACCUCCUGCCCCAGCUGGUAUUCAUGGAGCCACAGAUGUUGCUGGAUAAGGUCUCGGAGCUGGUGGAGGAGACCUACAACAUGAGGCAAGGAAAGAAGGGCCAAGCCGUGCCGGGGGAGAAGCUGAGGUUCCGUGACCACGGCGAAGUGACGGAGAAGUUUCUGGGCAAGUUCGAGAGCCACUACGAGCCACCUCUGUUCACACCCAAGGAGCUGGUGACCCUGCUAAAGGGGUUGCUGGUGUUUGCGGAGAUGUCGGAGGACGUGUACUUCAUGCCGUGUCUGCUGCAAGUGGUGGCGUGGGAGGUGGUGGAGGAACACCGAGUGAGUGGCGGGAAAGCCCUGGCUCUUCACUUCCCCGACAGCGGUCCCCUAAUGGGAACGUUCUGCUCCACUAUAGCUUUCCUCCUGUCCAACGAAAACAGUCACCCCUGCUCCUGGAAAGUGGCUCAGAAGAAGGAAGGAGCUCCGAAAUGCCUCCAUCGCAACGUCAUCAAGUUCACCGUUUCGGACUACGCAGGCACCGUGUCAUUCAUCGAUCACUUCACCCACUUUGAACUCCACAUACGCACCGCAAAGGAACACGAGGCCGAGCUGUGGAAACUGGCACACGACGCAGUUUUUGCAGGUCUCAAGAAAGCCGGGAAGACCAUCGGCUACACAAACAACACUCCAGUCCCAGCCAUCGUAUGCCCCGCCCACCCCCACCCAGCCAAACCCCACCCCGCCUCCGUUAAGAAGGGAGUGUGGACGUGCUCAAUUGACUCUGAAAAGUUUGGAGACAUUGACGAGGACUCUAUUCCAUGGCUGACCCUCUGCACAUCUACCUCUGCUGAGUCAGCCACGUCCGCUCUCUCCUCUUCAUCUUCUGCAGUUCCCCCCACCUCCCAGCCUCCCCUCUCUGUCUCCACAGCUCCUACCUCCUCUGCCACUGCCACCACUACUACCAACACUCCUGUGUCAGCGUGUUCCACAGUGUCCUCCACUACUGCCUCUGUUCCCUCUCUCUCCCUGUCCUCUCCUCCUGCCUCCUCUACCACUACCAACACUCCUAUCAGCCAAUCUGUCUCUACCUCCUCCACUACUGCCAGUGUCUCCACAGUUCCUCAUCCUGUCUCCUCCAGUCCUGUCAUCGAGUGUUCCUCCACCUCCUCCACUACUGCCACAGCUGCUAUUCCUGUCUCCUCCGCUGCUGGCACCACUCCUGUCCACCCACUGAGGGCUCUAAUUGGAACUUAUCAUUGUGCCUACAGCUGCUCAGUCAGCCACACCCUCUCCUUUCCCUUCAUCUUAUGCAGUUUCCCCCACCUCCCAGCCUCCCCUCUCUGUCUCCACAGCUCCUGCCUCCUCUACCACUGCCACCACUACUACCAACACUCCUGUGUCAGAGUGUUCCACAGUCUCCUCCGCUACUGCCUCUGUUCCCUCUCUCUCCCUGUCCUCUCCUCCUGUCUCCUCUACCAACACUCCUGCAAUUCAUGAGAAGAAGAAAGAAGACGAUGUGGUCAGUGAUCGGGACCUUGCAGUAAUUGCCAGGGACCGCCUCACUGAUUGGGAGAACCUCCAGCCAUUCCUGGGACUCAGCAGAGUUCAGAAGAAGGAGAUCACCAACUCUUACCCGAGAGACUACGGGAAACAGAAGAGGGAGUGUCUGGAGGUGUGGAAGGAGGAGAGGGGGAGAGGGGCCACGUACCGAGCCCUCAUCUCGGCCGCAGAGGAAGCGAGGGACCAGCAGUUGGCGGACAACAUCAGAGACAUGUUAGAGAAGACGUGAACAUAAUACCACCAACCACCACUGUCUGUUGCUACCACCUACUGUCUGUUUUCUCCUUACCAUCCAGCAUUCACUGCACACAACACAAACGCUCCACCAAAUAUACAACACAAGGCUCCACUCCAUUCCAUUCUCAUCACCAAUGCGCUUCCUCUGUUCAAUUAUUCAGUAACUUGCUACCGCAUGCGCGUUAAUUGGCUAGCGGGAGCGAGCCAACCUAGUGGUACGAACGGCG